ACUAGCCUUCCCCCCACGCAGCCCUUAUUUAAACACUCCUUCCCCUUCUCCCCUCCCUCCAUCUCCACCACUUCCCUCCCACUCCGAUGUCCAAUCACAGCCUCAGCUUAGAAGCGGCAGCGCCGCCCACCGGCCGCCUCCUCGGGGUCACCGAGCACAGCUGGUGCCGAGCCUUGGCGGGCGGCACCGGCACAACCGCCGUUGCCAUCCUCGCUAGCAAAGCCCCCGACGCCUCACUUCUGCAGACCGCCCUCCACAAAAUCCAAGCAGCCCAUGCAAUCCUCCGCUCCAAAAUCCGCCAUCCCUCCACCGGCGCCUCCGCAGCUGCCGCCCUCUCCUUCGUCACCCCCGCCAUCCCUUCUCUCCAGAUCAAACUCUUCGACCUCUCCUCCACCUCCCGCCUCCUCCACCGCCUCUCCAUCCCCAACAAUCUCUCUCUCCCGUCCUUCCGCCUCGUCCUCGAGCACGAGCUCAACCAGCCCACGUGGUCCGAUCCCGGCCGCUCAUCAUGCAACGCCGAGUACUGCGACUGCGAGUUGAUGUUCGCGAGCGUGUACGAGCUGCCGGAGUCGAAGUGGGCGGUGGUGCUGCGGUUUCACACGGCGGCCUGCGACCGGACCACAGCGGCGUCGCUGCUGAGGGAGCUGCUGGGGUUGAUGAGAGGAGGAGGAGGGACCGGGAGGGAAACGGGAGGGGAGGGGGAGGUGAGUUUGGGAAUAGAGGAUUUAAUUCCGAAGGGGAAGGGAAGUAAGGGGCUGUGGGCGCGUGGGGUGGACAUGCUAGGGUACUCUCUGAACUCACUGAGGCUAACCAAUUUGAAAUUUAAGGACAUGAAGUCCUCUAGAUCUUCUGAGAUGGUGAGGCUGCGGAUGUGCCCCCAUGACACUGCUCGGGUUCUUGCUGGCUGCAAGUCCAGAGGGAUCAAACUGUGCGGGGCCCUGGCAGCGGCCGGAUUGAUCGCCGCCGAUUCCUACAAACGACGCCGUAAGGAUCACCAGCGAAAGAAGCACUACUACGGCGUCGUCACCUUCACUGACUGCCGCCCCAACCUUCACCCUCCGCUUUCCCCUCACCAUUUCGGAUUUUAUCAUUCCGCCAUCCUGAACCAGCACGCUAUUAAAGGCGGCGAACAGCUGUGGGACCUCGCCGGCAAAAGCUACGACGCAUUUGCCACCUCGAAGAAGGAGAACAAGCAUUUUUCGGACAUGGCGGACCUGAACUUCCUGAUGUGCAAGGCGAUAGAGAACCCCAGCCUCACGCCGUCGUCUUCCCUGAGAACCUCCUUCGUGUCGGUGUUUGAGGACCCCGUGGUGGACGAAGGCGACGCCUACGGGGAGCUGGGGGUGGAGGACUACGUGGGGUGCGCGUCGGUGCACGGCGUGGGGCCGUCCAUCGCGCUGUUCGACACCGUGCGUGGCGGAGGGCUGGACUGCGCCUGCGUCUACCCGGCGCCGCUGCACUCCAGGGAGCAGAUGCAGGAGUUAGUUGACGUGAUGAAGACUCUCCUUGUGGAGGCUGGGAAAUGCGCUGAAAUCAGUGAGAUUUAUUAGGUAUCACUAUUAUAUAUAUAACAUUCUUCAAGCCUCAACGUUAAUUAAUUGUG